UGAAUGGGCGUGUCGGCAGAGCAAGGCAGACAGGCGGAAGAAGCUGGGUGAAGCCUAAAAUAUCGCAUUCUGCACGAAAACACGCGCUCUGGAAUUGCUUACGAAUCCUGUCGCCUACAAUGUGCUUUGUUCAAAAGUUUUAAAGAGCACUUUAAAGUAAAUAUUUGCUCCAUGAGUUCCGCAAGAGUUCUUCAUAUCCUCAGUCCCCCAAUGCCAGGUCCAGUUAUGCCCGUGGACGUAGCUGUGCAGCUGUAUAUCACCCAUUCGCCCCCCCUGCACAGCUUCCUGAGCUCUUAUGAAGAGUUCAGGACUCGCAACCUGGUCAAUUGCCGCUACAAACCCCUCCGGCCCUGCCUGAGCUCCAGAGCCCACCUAGAGCCCACCUGCCUGGGCUGGCAGAGUCCAAAAUCCAAAGCCAAGAAAAAGGUUGUGUUUGCCGACUCCAAGGGCAUGUCAUUAACGGCAGUGCAUGUCUUCUCUCCUUUUGAUAACAGAGAACCCGCUACAUCCCAACUGCAGUUUGACCUGGAAGAUCUAGAGGUCACAGCCACUCUCCACAUAAAUUCGGUUCAGAGCAGAAUUCUUGAUUUUCCUCAGCCUGCAGUAGACUACCUGGACUUCCGGAGUUGGCUGCUGAAGAACUCGGUUUGCUUGGAGAACUGUACCCUGCAGGAGCGUGCCCUCACUGGCACGAUCAAAGUGCGUAACCUGGCCUAUGAGAAGUCUGUCCAUGUACGGAUCACCUUCGACACCUGGAAGAGCUACCAGGAUGUAGAAUGCACCUUUUUGAAUAAUGUUUGUGGUUGUCAGGAUACAGACACAUUCUCCUUUGCAAUCGAAUUGCCUGGGUACGUGCCCCCUCAGAAUAAGGUCGAAUUUUGCAUUAGCUAUAAAACUGGAGAGCAGACUUACUGGGACAACAAUGAUGGCAGAAAUUAUAGACUGGUUUCAACAUCUUGGCAACAAAACCAUAAACUGAACUCAUCAACACAGUCAAAGAAACCAGAACCCAGAAAGUUAGGCAGGAAAGCAGACAAGGGCAUUAAUACAUUUGAAAGUACCUUCAGCAAUGGCAUUUUUCCAAAGUUUCAGAGUUGGGGGCACAUUCAGACUGGUGGCCCAUACUGGUGAUGUGUGCUGACAUAAUUAACAGUUCCAAAUAUAUCUAAAAAUUUUAGCAACAUUAUAUGCCUCUCGGUAUUGCAGUAUAACUACAUAAAUCAUUUAUCUGUUGUCUUAGAUAUAUUUAAGUAGAUCAGAUAUUUGGAAACAUACUAAAGAUGGAACAGAAGCAGUGGAAUAGACACCAGGAGUAGCCCUUGUUUCUUUGAAGUAGAAAAUGUUGGCUGCAGUGCAGUAUAAAGAUGUUUAAUUAUUUUGUUAAAGUAAAACUUGAUGACCCCUUUCCUGCUGGAGGUAGACACUUCUGUGAAUCAGACCACUUGGAGGUCUAAACUUAUUGUAUAAAAUGUGCCUUUGUCUUAAGUAUAGUCUUUUUAAAAGUGCUACCAUUGUGUCACACACAAUCUGCAGACUGUGCCUUGUAAAAAAUGAAACCAAGGAAACCAAGCCAAGUAUAAAUCAAGCCAUGAUUUGAAAUGUAUUUCUAAGACCGGAAGGAAUAAACAUUAGAUGUACAACCAGGGAGAUUAUCCUUCAUAUUGAAGGGGUAAACUUCACCUGGUUAAACAUUUUAGAAGGAAUUGGGGGGAAAAAAUAAAUAUUAAUUUUUAACAUAUUUAAUAUGCAUAUUUUCCUUGAAUAUUUCAGAAUUAAAAGGUUUAGAAACUUUUGUUUAUCAAGCUUUCAGUAAAAAUAUGCAAAGAUGUGUAUCUGUGGCUAUGUGUCUCUUUCUUACUCAUGUUUGUACAGGAUGUGCUGGAAAUGUAAAAGUGUGUGCUAAAGAGGUGAAUGUAAUAAGCUGCACAAAUGGCCUUGUAAUAGCCUCAAAAAUGAUGUGCCUUAGGACUCUGCUGACUAAAUGUCUGCGUACAGUGAAUUUGUCUUAUGUUUUCAUGUUUAAGUGCAUUUCAGUAAGACUGAGUGGAAUGUGUAGUGAUGGUAUGUCCGAUUUAGCUGUAAAGAUGAGAAUGAUUGUAUUUUAUUAAAGAAAGAAUGGAUGUCUGGGUGAUUGUUCUUAAAUAAAAUUAAUAAAAAACACACAUUGUCAGAUUAUUACACUAUUUAAAUAAAAUGGGGGCCUGCUUGAGUGUGUGAAAGAGAAAGAGUGUUUCCCAGGUCAGAGAGAGCUCUUUUGGCUUGCCCAUUUUAUAAUAGACGUUACAUUUAUGUUCCUGGCAGAUGCUUUCUUACCAAAGGAACAGAAACAGUUUGUAUUGAUGACAAUUGCUUAAUCAGGUACUAGGAAGUACACUCACCAUUGUAGGUUUAUACCAAAGCUAAAUAAUGGUUCAAUGAUGAUGAACCAUUAUUUAAAAAAACUCUUUUGACUCUCAAGACUGUUUGUAAAGUAAA